AUGCCUGCUCGCAAGCCGUGCCACGCUGCACUGACCCACGCGCUGGUGACCCUCUUCGGCGUGGGCUCCCAGGUCCCUGUCACCUCCCUCUGGGUGGAGCUGCCCGUGGUGGUGAAGUCACUUCCAGAAGGCUGGAACCUGCCCGCCUACCUCUCUGUCCUCAUCGCCCUGGGCAAUGUGGGCCCCCUGGCCGUGGCCCUGGUGCACAAGCUGGCCCAGGGCAAGCUGGAGGAGCGCUGGGUCAUCCGUGGCAUCCAGGGGCUGGGCCUGAUCGCCGCCGUCUUCCUGGCCCUGUCCUGGGAGUGCACGGUGCUGGUGGCAGGGCAGCCGCGCAGCCUGCCCUACUUGCUGCUGGCGCUGGCCCUGCUGUGCUGCACGUCCAGCGUCACCUUCCUGGCCUCCACGUACCGGCUGCCGCGGCCCUUCGUGCGCACCUUCUUCAUCGGCCAGGGCCUGGGCGCCCUGUUCCCCUGCGUGCUGGCGCUGGGGCAGGGCGUGGGCCAGCUGGAGUGCCGCAACGGCACCGGCCACAACGCCUUGCAGCCCCACUACCUGGAGGAGAGCUUCUCGGCCACCACCUACUUCUGGCUGCUCUUCGCCAUGCUGGCCGUCUCGGCCCUUGCCUUCCUGGGGCUGAGGCCGGCCAUGCCCGAGAGCCCCUCCAAGGACAGUGUGGCCACGGAGGAGUCCUUCCCCCUUCAGGACGGCACCCCCAGCCCCGCCAGCACCCCCGCGGUACCAGCACCCGCCGCCCCAGCACCCUCCUUUCGGCGCUGGCACAGCAUCUACCUGCUGGGGCUACUGGUGCUGUGCAACGCGCUGAGCGACGGCGUGCUGCCCUCGGUGCAGAGCUACUCCUGCCUGCCCUACGGCAGCCUGGCCUACCACCUGGCCGUCGUGCUCAGCUGCGUGGCCAGCUCCGUCGCACACUUCUUCACGAAGCUCACGCCAUGCAGGUCGGUGGCAGUCUUGAGCACCAUCUCUUUGCUGGGAUGCUUGCUUGCAGCUUACCCAAUAGUGCUGGCAGCUCUCAGCCCCUGCCCGCCCCUGGUGCUGUCGUGGAUCCUGCUGCUGGGCCUCUUCUCCUACGUGAAGGUGAGGAUCAGCAGCCUGCUGCACAAGGCAGACGAACAAAGGGACACCCCGCUGCCCUCGUACAACCUCGUCAUCCUCAGCAGCUCUCUGUUGAGUGCCUUCACCAUGUUGCUCCUUAUUAGCAACCUCCACCUCUUCCGCAGCAGGCAGGACUGCAUGGACAACUGCAAGUAA